AAAAAAAAGAAAAGAAAAAGGAAUACCCCAUCUUCCCAGUCUCUUUCGCUUUGCUUUCCUUCCAGGCUUCUUUCCUUGUCUCCUUCACACUUCCCCGUUUCUUCAACAAUAUUUACAUUCCUUAGGCCUUUGUUUGUACUUGUUUUUCUUGCCUGCAAAAUCCCAGAGAAUCUGAAAACAAACCCUUUUAGCCAUUUAUCUCACACACACACACACACACACAUAUAUAUAAGUCUCCAGGUAAUAUCUUCUUUGAGUUUUCCAUUGCUUUGACACAAAUUCCCUUGCAUAGUUUUCAAAAGUUUCAGUGUACUUCACUGCAAAUACCCUCAGAGAAUCAGUAGAAACUAAAAUCCAGUGUCUUUAGUGGCGCACAUAUUUUUUUUUUUCAUCUAAAAUUCUAUUAGCACAAAUUUCGUUGCAUAUAGUAUUCUAGGAGUAUUAUUUUCUUUGAACAAGUUGUAGAAUUUCAUUUUUCUUCUAUGCUCAAAAAGAAAAUAAGGGUAGAAUAGCAUUUGUAAAAUUUCAUGCUCUAGCCCACCAUUUUUAGGUACAAAUUAAGCCCCUUAUAACAAACGCUCAUCUAAAGUUGUAUUAUUAGCACAAAUUUCCUUUACUAGCCCACCUUGUAGAAUUUGAUAUAUCUAUAGAGGGACAGAAAUUUAGCAUUAGUCUUAAGUCCAAUACAAUACAUGUUUUUUCAUUAGGACAUUGAUGGGGUCUCUAGGCAGCCCAAAACCAUGGGUACCAACAUACUUUAACAGCAAAGACUGUUCCCAAGGCUUUUGUAGCGUAUACUGUCCUAAAUGGUGUUACAUAAUUUACCCUCCACCACCUCCUUUGGACUUCCCGGAAGGCAAUUCUUCGCCGAACUUCUCGCCUCUUGUCGUCGCCAUCAUUGGGAUUCUGGUGAGUGCUUUCCUCCUGGUAAGCUACUACACCAUAAUCUCCAAGUACUGUGGGAACACCACUGACCAUGGGAGAAGAUCAAGCAGAGAAGAUGAUUACGACGAAAACCCGGACGGGGAGUUCGAGGACAAUCACAACCCUUCGAUCCACGAGGCGUGGCACGUGGCGACGGCGGGGCUUGAUGAGGCCCUGAUCAAGUCCAUAACGGCUUGUAAGUACAAGAAGGGAGAUGGGUUGGUUGAAGGCACUGAUUGUUCUGUUUGUCUAAGUGAGUUUCAAGAAGAUGAAGAAGUUAGGCUUUUGCCUAAAUGUAGUCACGCUUUUCACAUACAAUGCAUUGACACUUGGCUUAGAUCACACUCCAAUUGCCCUUUGUGCCGCGCAAAUGUUGUCGUUUGUGUCAAUCCACCAACAGCCACAGAGGGUACUACUUUCUCAAGCAAUGAAUCAGCGGCUGCAAAUGAUGAUCAAAACAGAUCAUUUGUGGGGCAAGAUCGGAAUUCGGAAAGUGUUGAGGAAACUGAUCAGCAUAGUAACACUAACGAUGUUGUCGUUGUGCCAAAGAGUACUACUGCUAGCUCAUUGCGUGCUUUUAGUGACUUGGGCAAUUUGGAGGAGAGGCAUAGCGUAAUCGAGAUCAGACGGUCGGUUUCGAUGGAUCAUUCAGGUGGGGACUGCGUUUCGGUUGCUGAUAUUCUUAGGAUGAAUCAUGGUGAUGAAGAAGAAGGUGAUCAUGUGACUCAUGUUCAUGUGGAAGGGUGCUCUACUGAGCGUGCAAGUUGCUCAAAAUUGGGACAAGUUGGGAAAGAUAAUGGUAAUAGGAAAGGGAUUUUGCAUUGUGUUCUGAGUCCUGUUGCAAUGAAAAGAUCUGUUUCAAGUGGUAGAUUUUUUCUCACCAGGCCUUCAGGUUAUGGGAGAGAAAGACACAAUGUUAUUCCUCUAUGAAAAUUUGCUCUUUUUUGGUUUUGUUUUGGGCAAUUGUGGUUGUGAAGAGAAAAGGUAAAGAAAAAGCGAUUUUGGUUUGUAAGCCAUUGCCCCUUUUUUUUCCCCCACUUCUUGGGGAAUUGAUGAUUUGUAGUGAUUUGUUACUAUGUGAAUGAAAAGGUAA